AAGUGAUCGUUCCCUUUUUCAACUCUAAGCUUUUUUAGAUCUCUACCAUUCAACUCAAGAAAUCCUGUGAAGCCUCAUCACCCAGAUUCCCGCUAGAGCCUAGAGAUUGGGAACAUACGUAUAGUACGAUGUGUAUAGACGAAGGUGGUUGGAGUGCCAUGGGCAGAUUUGGCCGGCGCAUCAUCGCCGGCCGGUGGUUUAUGGUGUUUAGUUGCCUACUAAUCCUGUCGGUCUCCGGUGGAACCUACAUAUUUGGGCUUUACUCCGAGGACAUUAAGAAAACCUUAGGCUACGACCAGACAACCUUAAACUUGAUUAGUUUCUUCAAGGAAUUGGGAGCGAAUAUCGGAAUAAUUUCCGGGCUAAUUAACGAGGUAACCCCACCAUGGGUCGUCCUGCUCCUAGGUGCGGUCAUGAAUUUUUCCGGCUACUUUUUUAUAUGGCUGGCCGUUACCGGCCACAUAUCCAAUCCCCAGGUUUGGUGGAUGUGUUUGUGCAUUUGUGUGGGAGCAAAUUCUCAGACUUUUGCUAACACUGGAGCCUUAGUCACAUGUGUCAAGAAUUUCCCAGAAUCUAGGGGCAUUGUAAUUGGUCUCUUGAAGGGUUAUGUUGGGCUUAGUGGGGCGAUUAUCUCACAGAUAUACCAUGCUUUGUAUGGAGACGAUGGGAAAUCUUUGAUCUUGCUUAUUGCGUGGCUUCCGGCCGUGGUUUCGGGUGUUUUUCUGAGAACUGUUCGAGUCAUGAAGGUUAAUGUUGGACAGGAAAAUGAGCUUAAGGUGUUUUACAAUCUUUUGUUUGUGUCGUUUGGUCUGGCAGGGGUUCUUAUGGCUGUCAUUAUUGUGCAAAAUAGUGUUACAUUUAACAGGCUAGACUAUGCAAUUUGUGUUUCGGUUAUUGUUGUUUUUCUGUUUUCGCCUAUAAUUUUGGUUAUAAGAGAGGAGAUGAUGGUAUGGAAGAGGAAGAAGGAAAUGUUGGGUGAUCCUCUCACAUUGAGCAUCAGAGGAGGCGAAGCACGAGGGCCGGGAGAAGUAGGGGAUACCCGAAAGAACGAGGAGGCAAUAGAGGCAAAGACGAAGAAGCUAGUGUUCUGGUAUCAGGACGUGUUUAGGCCGCCAGAGAGGGGCGAGGAUUACACGAUUUUGCAGGCGGUUUUGAGUGUUGAUAUGUUGAUUUUGUUCGCUGUCACGAUCACGGGAGCGGGAGGGACCUUAACAGCUAUAGACAACCUAGGCCAGAUUGGCAAGUCCUUAGGCUAUCCGGACAAAAGCAUCACCACAUUCGUGUCACUCGUGAGCAUAUGGGGCUAUCUCGGAAGAGUGGCCUCGGGUUUUGCCUCCGAGAUUUUCUUGGCCAAGUAUAAGUUCCCGAGACCCCUAAUGCUCACACUAGUGCUCCUCCUCUCCUGCAGUGGCCACCUUCUAAUUGCAUUCGGGGUUCCUAAUUCUCUCUAUGCAGCCUCGGUGCUGAUAGGGCUGUGCUAUGGAGCGCUGUGGCCGCUGAUAUUUUCAAUCAUAUCAGAGCUAUUCGGCCUCAAGCACUACUCCACAUUGCUCAACUUUGGUGGAGCAGCGAGCCCGGUUGGAGCUUACAUUUUCAAUGUCAGAGUGGCUGGUGUUCUGUAUGAUAAGGUGGGCAACAAGCAGAUGGAAGAUCAGGGAAUAAUCAGACAGCCCGGGGAGGAUUUAUCGUGCACCGGGGUGGAGUGUUUCAAGCUCGCUUUUCUAAUAAUCGCGGUCUCCUCUUUCGCAGGAUGCAUCGUUUCGUUAAUUCUGGUAGCUAGAACAAGAAAAUUCUACAGAAGUGAUAUAUACAAGAAAUUCAGAGAGCAAGCAGAACAGGUAGUAGAAGUCGAGUCCACCACGGGUAGAAGAGCAGAUUGAAAAUGGCGUUUCUUUGCUGGGUCAUACAGAUGUUUUAUGAGUUGUAGAUUCAAUUAUACUAUGUAAUAUGUAUGGACUUAAAGCAAUGAUGUUUCUGCUCAUUUUAGUAUAUUUAGCACUUUGGAUCCCCUGUAUACUAUCUGUUUGUUUGUGGCUUAAUGAAACAAGAUCAUAGAUUCAUAAUCAAA